AUCCCUGAUGAUUGAAACCUCACAAAGCCAUGUUGGGGAUGGUCAAGCGGUGUAUACUGGACUUCUCCGAGAUCGAGGCAACAGCCGGCCCAGAGGCCACGUUAGAUCCCAAGGCUCCAGGAGAUCCAGCGCUAGACCCGUUGUCUACAACCAAGAGCAAGUAUGGAGAGAGAUGGGCCGAGUCACAGAGCAGCCUCCUGGGCGGGAGCAGGGAACAGAGCAGCCUCCUGGGUGGGAGCAGGGAACAGCCUCUGACAGACGCCGCCUGCAGCCUUUACUUGGCUACGACUGGAUAGCAGGUCUUCUGGAUGCUGAGAGCUCCCUCGCGGAACGCUCUGAGGAGUUCUUCAGUGACCUGCGGACGUUCCGACUGGUCAACAGAGACCAGUGUGUCCACAGCCAGCAUGUAGGAUUACUUGAGGAUGAAGUCCCUCCCCAGCAUCUGUCAGCAGAGGAGGAGACAACAGAGCAAACAGACACUCAUCAGUGUACGUUCUGUUACAGGAUCAACGGCAGGUUGUUCCCAGCUUCUCUGGACCCUCAGGAGUCCUGUCCCGUGUGUAAGAUGCCCAAAGCUGACCACCCCCACUCUGCAGCAGAGCCUGCCUUCAUCAGGGUGAGCAUACCUCGGUCCACCCUCCUGCCAGCCUACCAGUACAAGGCCCACCGGCGCUGCAGCUUCGACCCCUCAGACAGCCUCGGGUUGCCUUCACACUGUCUCUCAGGCUGGACGAACCCAGCCCCCAGCUCUCUGCCUCUGGCCAGCAGCCUGGACCUGCGGAGCUACCUGAGGAACACAGCGCCCCCCACUGGGCUGGCGUCAGCGCUGCCACAGCCUGGGAACCAGCAGGAGGAUCUCUCUGUGUCCAGAGUGUGUGGUAGCACACGCUCCGAUCAGCUGUUGAACGUGUCUCGUCUGGCCCGCUACCAUAUCCAGCGUCUGCCUCCUGCUAACAAGCCACCAUGUAGCUCCUCCUAUCCUGUGUUCUGAACACCCACUGUAAACACCAUCAAGUAGUCUUUCGACAUAUAUUAAAUAGGCAGUCCCAAUCAGGCACACAGUAAGUAUUUGAAAGGGCUGAAAAGGACAGUUUGACACAAAUUGACCCUCCAAAAAAAGCAGAUGUAAACCAAGCAUUGUAAACCAUUAUGUUUACGUUAAACAGAACUUUUAUUGAUGACAAAAUUGUAUAUCUGCGUUGUAGAUUUUGCUGUUGAAAUUUUUUGUUUGUUUUGUACUACUGAAAUUGCUAUCUAUUAAAACUAGGUGUUUUUAAAGUUGUGCUCUUGGACAGGAAGUGAAGUUUGCAAUCUCCGAAACUCUCAUAUCCUACUUUCCGUUUCUUUUCCCUUUUUUCCCUCUGACAAAGUUAA